AUCUGAUGUCACGCCGGCGCGUAGCGGGUUAGCGUUUGUUCAUGGCCACCGAGCACCCAACCAAGGGACAAUUUAGUAUAACGAAUACAGAAAAAUUAGUAAAUUUAAGUCAUGAUCGCGAUCAAUCUACAACCGAUUCUCACCUAAAACUAAAUGGUUGCCUCGUUAAUAAGGACAACCCAUGGGUUCGAGCCCCAUGUUCAUCUGGUGAUGGUUCUGACUCAACUACAUCUCAUGAAGGUGUUUGUAGCAAAGAUCGAGAUUGGCCAACUCUUCAAAGUGCUCUAUCACAAGUCUCACAAUGCACCACUAGUACUUUCGAUGUAUGCUCUAAACAAAAAGAUAAAAACAAACAAAAGUUCACUGCGGUUGGUUCUUGUCAGAUAGAUUUGAGCACCAAACCCAUUACAAAUCAUCAAAAGAAGAAAUGGGAACAAGCCACUGUUGAGUACAUUUUCCCGAAACCUAAUAGCACUGAUGGAUUUGUCGGUUAUCGGUCAGAUUCGCACCGGUGGAACCGGUCAGGUGAACACGAUAAGGAAAAUUAUCAUAACGGGAAAUCAAAGAUUGGAUCUAAUAGUUCUGUCGAUAAAGAGAGCUUAAAUCCAAGCCAAAAUAAUCUUGUUCACUCAGGAACAAGACCUCGUCCGUUCGUUCGCCACAUGCGGUUCUCAAAAUCUGGUCGCCCUCAACGCCGACAGCAGACAUCUGGCACCCCUGUAACAGCAGCAAACCGUGGCAUACCUGGCCCGAAAAAUCCAGAACAAAUUUACUCUCCAACCAAUUUAUGGGUUCCAAGUGACAUCAGUCAGGCUGCAAACUUGGGUCGCAUGACAACUCAUGGUCGUUCGGCUCCGGGGAAGCUUAACAACGUGCCUCACCUGAUUCCUAUUCCACUCUAUGGGUCAGUACCCCAGACUUCUCCCUUAUCGCCUUCAUUUCUUUCAGCUGUUGGAUAUCCCCUCUUGAUGAUAUAUCCGACGGGACCUUUAUCAGCACCAGCAACAUCAGGAGUUUCUGAUCCUGUUUACGAUUAUUCGGUUACCUGUCAAACAUCACAUUCACCAUCAGUUGGUGUUUCAAGUGUAUCACAACAACGGUCAACUGAUUCAUCAGAAUCUAACCGUAUAGAACCUCAAGUUUUCAGUCCACCUUUAGGUACUGAUUUAAACAAUGUUUUCUCUUCCUUAUUUCCGGGAACAGCCAUCGCCCAACCUGCUAGUUUGUGUUUCCUUGCAUCGUCGAGUAGUGAUCCUACGAUUUUAAUACGCCAUCAAAUAUUGCAUCAAGUAGAAUUUUACUUUAGUCCAGAUAACUUGGCCAAAGAUGUGUAUCUUCGUCGGCAAAUGGAUUCUGAUGGAUGGGUUGAUGUCAAUGUAAUUGCAAAGUUUAAUCGUGUGGCCUCAUUAUGUACAGAUCUUAAUGAUAUUUUGGAGGCAAUUAGAGUUAGUCCAUUAUUAGAUGUGGAUGUCCCUAAAGCUCGUGUCCGAUGCAAAAACAAUCCAUCGAUUUGGCCCCUUCCUCUUGUUUCGAAUGAAAAACUUCGAAUCAGUUCUAGGAACAAAACAGUUCUUAACCCAGACGCUCCCGAAUUCAUCCCAUCCCAAUCGAUCGCAAACACAGAUCAAACAGAAUCAUCCCUCGAACCUAUAACAAAGUCAGGUGCUACCCCCAUCACAUCAACACAAGAAGAUUUGAACUUUUCCUUUUCAAAUGAAUUACGUUCUGUCUACAGUAAUCUACCGCCGCAUUCUUCGGCAUCGAAACGCACCCGAUCAAGUUUUUCCGAAUGUGAUAAGUACUCUUCUAUUUAUCAUUGCCGAACAAGAACAUCAUCCACUAACUCGGAAGAUGAUUUGGACGAUUCUAUGCUUUCUUGUUUAUUGGUGAUUGCUCCAAACACAUCUCAUGAUCCUUUACCAUCUAGUUGCAGUAACUUGGAUGAUGAUUCAAGGAAUGAAAGUUCUAAACCUUCGGAAUUUCCUUCCGUUACCAACAGUUCUACCGACGAAUCUGUUGAAACUACUAUUGAUGACCUUUGCAAAGCUAUUGAAGAAUCCAAUGUCCAUACUGAAUCGAAUUUCACAGAAUCCAAUCUAGCCAGCGUUAUCAAAGAAAAGGCUUCCACGUGUACAGAAAUAUUUUCUACUUCAUCCACUUCCUAUACUACAACCACAACUAUCUGUUGUAACAGUCCUCUUGUACAGCUUGAUGUACCUGUCUCUGAAGUUUCUUUGCACUCCUCCGUCCCAGUAUCAUCAAAUCCAGUUUAUUCAGAAUCCUGUUUGCCAUACGUGCAUCCCUCAAUUCCUGGUCCGGUUACGUAUACUGUAAUACCGACAGCUACCGCUUUGCACCCACAGACUGGACUUAUAUUGCCGACUCUUAGUCGAAAUCCGUUUUUAGUACCCUCAACUCCAAUGUAUUACAUUCCUCAAGUUACCGCUUUACCUUUGGUUUCUCCAGUAGACAAUCUAUUUCCUCAGAUUCCUAUAUGUCAACCAUUACCGUCUUUCCUAAAUUAUGAUCAGAGUUAUCUAUCAUUUCCUGACAUAAAAUACGACCUUAAAGGUCGUUCUGUUGGAUUUUUCCCCGUUUCCAGUGACUAUGACUUAAAAGCAAAUGAGUCAACCGAUUAUACACAACCCGACAAUCCUCCGACUACGGAAACAGAAAACUUGUCAUCUAGUAAGAAGAAACAUGUUGGGUUUCUUUUUCGCCCGGUUUCUGCUGCUCGUACCCAUUUAGAUGUUUCCUUGAGUGGAGGAUUCCCAGUUGCUCAUCACCCACAUCAUCUUCAGCAAAGGGGUUUCACAUUUCAUGCCUACAAUCAGUUUCGUUCCAAAUGUCUGAAAGACCGAGAAGCUAAAGGGAAAGGUCGAUCACAGGAAAUGAAUACUCUUUAUAGCUUUUGGUCAUUUUUCCUACGUGAACACUUCAAUCGAACUAUGUAUAAAGACUUUCGUAAACAUGCAUUAGACGAUGCUAAAGAGAAUGCGAGAUAUGGACUGGAGUGUUUGUUUCGAUUUUACAGUUAUGGAUUAGAACGUCAUUUUCGUAAAGCUAUUUUCAAGGAUUUUCAAGUGAGUGCUUUCGAAUUACUCUCUGUUACCUAUUUUCUUGUUAGAAUAAUUCCUUCUUUAGGUAUGUAUUCUGUCUAAAUAGUGAUAUAUAGAACUUUUUAAUCGAAUGAAUGUAAUGUGUUAAGUUUGUGUUUCAUGUAUUUGUCUAUCAAUCACUGUCUAAAAGCGAGUGAUAAUACUCGCGUGUGAUGAACAUAGUAGUAAGUUUUCAUUAAUUCAAACACUUAAUUGAGAAACUGUAACCGCUAAUCCUUCUCGCAAUAAGUAACGUAUAAUUUAAGAAAAAGUACUGUUUGUUUUCAAGUUGAUUUAUUUCAGCUUUAAAUACCUACUUUUUCAGUUGUAUUGCUGAAUUAGCCCGAUUUUUUUCUCCUAGGUAUUUGAGAAAUCUAUCUGUUAGUGCUUACCACACAUUUCACUGUAUCCCUGAAUUUUAUUAAAUAGUACUGGCAUAGUUUCAAAGGAUGUGUCUGGUCACAGUCACCGCAACAAACUAUCCUUCCAUUCUGUCUCAUGUCCAGCGUUGAAACUUCUCUUGUUUCAGUAUAAUAAAACAAUCUAGAUUAUGUUUCCCCUCUAACUUUCGUAAAGUGCCGUCAGUUCUUGUGAGAACACAGUUAAAGUAUUCUGUAUAUUACUUUGUCCAGAUUCUGAAAUUUAUAUGUUCGAAAACAGUAUCGAUAUAGAUGGCUCCACUGUGUAUUAUAUCCUAUAUAGGUCAUACCAUCCCGUUAUCAUUCUUUAUUAUUUAUUAAAGUUAUUUAUUCACUACAGAGAAUCUCUAAUCAUAAUCAUGACCAAUGAAUUUGAUAAACCUUGGUACUGAUAAGCCUAAACUCUCUUCCUAGCCAGUUUAUAUAACCUCAACUACUUUUAUAUGUCAGCUGAAAUAACAGAGAAAAAGCACGAAAUGGCAGUUAGUUUAUGUGCAAAAAACAAGAGUAUUUAUGGAAUUAUACAUCACCUUGCGCCUUUAAAUAUUUCCGGAACCAUACUAAUUAUAAUAGUAUCUAAUAGAAGCCGUAACACAUUUCUCCAUUUUAUAGAUGUUUCUGCAAAGCCUCUAUCCAACGCUAAGUAGAUAAAAUGUUUUCUGACUUUUCUGAGCCUCUAGAGACUUUGACAAGGAGUAUGUCGAGACUCUCCUAGCAGAUUCAUAGUUUGCCCCGGAUAUCAAGUAAUACAGAAUUUGUUGCCCUGUAAUAAUUUUGUCGAUGUUUGGCGAAGAGUGAAGAUUUAAUCACUACAUGUACGACUGCUAUAACUGUGACGGCAGAUUAGAGGACAGCGAAUUAUCGAUCGGACCAAAGACGCGUAAAACAUGUAAGAACGGCCUAGAGUUUUGAUUGGUCCCGCUUCCCUGUCUAGCCCAGCCAGUUGAGUCCAGAACGCAAGUCUCAACCUCGGAGAUAUGAAUCGUUAUAUUUCAAAUAUACUCUGUUUAUAUACCAAUUAAGCAGACCACAUAGUACCAUAAAAUAGAAAAUAACAUUGUACAAUAUUGACCAGUAGGAAAAUGACACGUGAAAUAAAUAUUAACCAAUAAGAAAAUGAUACAGAAUAAUUUUUUUGGGGAUAUUUUCCUGAAUAUCCCAACAAUGACUUAAAUGAUAACCAACUUCGAGAUGACGAUUUCGUCUUUCACAAGUUUUGCUUAAUGUGCAUAAUAUGAUACCCAGUAGUUUAAAAGCAUCAAACUUAUAUCCCAAUAAUUAGUUUAUGAAUUUUGUAGACUUUGUUCAUGAGAAUAGGACGCUUUUACUCAUUGUAUCCUACAAAGUGUCCGAUUCUUUUUUCUGUCUCUUGAUCAGUCUUGUUCUUUAUGCAUACACCUUAAACAUAAAUUAUAGUUUUUAUCAUUAAACGUAGCUAACUUGUAGUUUGUAUUUUCUUCAUCUAAUCUUAAUAAAAGGAGGAAACUCUAAAAGACUAUGAUAAUGGUCAUUUAUAUGGAUUAGAAAAAUUCUGGGCUUUUCUACAUUAUAGUCAACGCAAAGUGAAAUUGGAUACACGUUUACAGAGCUUGUUGGAUUCAAAAUAUCGUACUUUAGGAGAUUUCAGAGUGAAUUUUGAACCACCAACUGGCUUUUUUAUAAAUAAAUCACGUCGUCGAACCAAAUCGGAGUCAAUAUCAACAUGUCAAACUAAACCGAUAGUAGGUACUAGAACACCUCCUGUUGAAUUCCAUUCAAGUAGAAUAUCUUGAUACUUCAC